UCCAGCCUGGCCGCUGCAGAAAGCCUAGAGUCUUGGGGACUGGACCCUCUCCCAGCCACCACCCUUAGUUAGAUGUCCUCAAUGCCGAGACAAGACUGCACGUAGCCCUAACUCUUUCCAAAAUGACGGGACCGACUGGAACCCUUCCCCACCUCAACUCGAAUCCCUAGAGCUCACUAGGCGGUGGCAGAGCCGAACACGUGGGCUCCAUUAGGGGCCGGCCUCUAGGGUCCUCCCGGGGAAGGGGACAACCUAGGAGGCGGAAGGCUGGCCCGCCACACCGAGCGUGGUACUCUCCCUGGCGGCUGCAGCCCACGGCCGGAGGCAGGGGCCCGCCCUGUGACCCACUCCCACGUUCAUAGGACGGUGCCAGAAUCCCUUUUCUCUACUCCGCCCUCUCCUCCCGCACCGUCCCGCUGUCCUGCCCAUAAAUCGGACGAGCAAAGGUAGCACGAUUCCUCCCGCGCCCCUGCGGGCCGCGAAACCCGGCGCUAAAGCAGUGCAGUCCCGAGCUUCCCCUGCAGAAGCCGCGCUCCUCGCUCGGUCCUGGGGUUGAGGGGGCGCGAGAGAGCAAGUGGGCGGGCGUCCUAUUCUCCGCAGCCUCCUCCAGGUCCCGGCGCGCAGGGUGGGAGCGCCGCGCCGCGCUGCGCAUCGCGGCCCGCUUGCCGCCUGCCCCCUGCCCUCGCUGGGCCGCCUCCCCCGGCUGCCGGUGGAGGGCUCCGAGGCGCUAACGUUACGCUGUUUCCGGUUUUCUAGCGGGCUCUGUUUCCCCUCCCAAGGCGGCGGCGGCGGAGCGGCGGAGCCCCCCAAAUGGCCUGGCCAGAUGCGGCAGGUUUGCUGCUCAGCGCUGCCGCCGCCGCCACUGGAGAAGGCUCGGUGCAGCAGCUACAGCGACAGCAGCAGCCCCGGCGGCAGCAGCGAGAGGAGCAGCAGCGGCAGCAGCGGCAGCAGCGGCAGCAGGAGCAGCAGCGGCAGCAGCGGCGGCAGCAGCGGCGGCAGCAUCUCCCGUCCCGCUGCGCCCCCAGAGCCGCGGCCGCCGCAGCAGCCGCAGCCCCGCAGCCCCGCAGCCCGGAGAGCCGCCGCCCGCUCUCGAGCCGCAGCCGCCGGCGGCAUGAGGCGCGACCCGGCCCCCGGCUUCUCCAUGCUGCUCUUCGGUGUGUCGCUCGCCUGCUACUCGCCUAGCCUCAGGUCGGUGCAGGACCAGGCGUACAAGGCACCGGUGGUGGUGGAGGGCAAGGUACAGGGGCUGGCCCCAGCCGGCGGCUCCAGCUCCAACAGCACCCGCGAGCCGCCCGCCUCGGGCCGGGUGGCGCUGGUGAAGGUGCUGGACAAGUGGCCGCUCCGGAGCGGGGGGCUGCAGCGCGAGCAGGUGAUCAGCGUGGGCUCCUGUGCGCCGCUCGAAAGGAACCAGCGCUACAUCUUUUUCCUGGAGCCCACGGAGCAGCCCUUGGUCUUUAAGACGGCCUUUGCCCCCAUCGACACCAACGGCAAAAACCUCAAGAAAGAGGUGGGCAAGAUCCUGUGCACUGACUGCGCCACCCGGCCCAAGCUGAAGAAGAUGAAGAGCCAGACGGGACAGGUGGGUGAGAAGCAGUCACUGAAGUGCGAGGCAGCGGCGGGCAACCCUCAGCCCUCCUACCGCUGGUUCAAGGACGGCAAGGAGCUCAACCGCAGCCGGGACAUUCGCAUCAAGUACGGCAACGGCAGAAAGAACUCACGACUCCAGUUCAACAAGGUGAAGGUGGAGGAUGCUGGGGAGUAUGUCUGCGAGGCUGAGAACAUCCUGGGGAAGGACACGGUCCGGGGCCGGCUCCACGUCAACAGCGUGAGUACCACCCUGUCAUCCUGGUCGGGGCACGCCCGGAAGUGCAACGAGACGGCCAAGUCCUAUUGUGUCAAUGGCGGGGUCUGCUACUACAUCGAGGGCAUCAACCAGCUGUCCUGCAAAUGUCCAAACGGAUUCUUCGGACAGAGAUGUUUGGAGAAACUGCCUUUGCGAUUGUACAUGCCAGAUCCUAAGCAAAAAGCCGAGGAGCUGUACCAGAAGAGGGUCCUGACUAUCACCGGCAUCUGCGUGGCUCUGCUCGUGGUGGGCAUCGUCUGCGUGGUCGCCUACUGCAAGACCAAAAAACAGCGGAAGCAGAUGCACAACCACCUCCGGCAGAACAUGUGCCCAGCCCACCAGAACCGGAGCCUGGCCAAUGGGCCCAGCCACCCCCGGCUGGACCCCGAGGAGAUCCAGAUGGCAGAUUACAUCUCCAAGAACGUGCCAGCCACGGACCAUGUCAUCCGGAGGGAAACCGAGACCACCUUCUCUGGGAGCCACUCCUGCUCUCCUUCUCACCACUGCUCCACAGUCACACCCACCUCCAGCCACAGGCAUGAGAGCCACACAUGGAGCAUGGAACGUUCUGAAAGCCUGACCUCCGACUCGCAGUCGGGCAUCAUGCUGUCAUCAGUGGGUACCAGCAAGUGCAAUAGCCCGGCGUGCGUGGAGGCCCGGGCGCGGCGGGCAGCAGCCUACAGCCUGGAGGAGCGGCGCAGGGCUGCCAUGCCAUCUUACCACGACUCCGUAGACUCCCUGCGUGACUCCCCACACAGCGAGAGGUACGUGUCGGCACUGACCACGCCCGCGCGCCUCUCUCCCGUGGACUUCCACUACUCGCUGGCCACGCAGGUGCCGACUUUUGAGAUCACGUCCCCCAACUCGGCUCACGCAGUGUCGCUGCCGCCGGCCGCGCCCAUCAACUACCGCCUGGCGGAGCAGCAGCCACUACUGCGGCAGCCGGCGCCCCCCGGCCCGGGGCCCGGGCCCGGCGCGGACAUGCAGCGCAGCUACGACAGCUACUACUACCCCGCGGCGGGCCCGGGGCCGCGGCGCGGGGCCUGCGCGCUGGGCGGCAGCCUGGGCAGCAGCCUGGGCAGCCUGCCCGCCAGCCCCUUCCGCAUCCCGGAGGACGACGAGUACGAGACCACGCAGGAGUGCGCGCCCCCGCCCCCGCCGCGGCCGCGCGCCCGCGGCGCGUCCCGCAGGACGUCGGCGGGGCCCCGGCGCUGGCGCCGCUCGCGCCUCAACGGGCUGGCGGCGCAGCGCGCACGCGCGGCGCGGGACUCGCUGUCGCUGAGCAGCGGCUCGGGUGGCGGCUCGGCCUCCGCCUCGGACGACGACGCGGACGGGGCGCUGGCGGCCGAGAGCACGCCUUUCCUCGGCCUGCGCGCCGCGCACGAUGCGCUGCGCUCGGACUCGCCGCCGCUGUGCCCGGCGGCCGACAGCAGGACUUACUACUCCCUGGACAGCCACAGCACGCGGGCCAGCAGCAGACACAGCCGCGGGCCGCCCCCGCGGGGCAAGCAGGACUCGGCGCCCCUCUAGGGGCCCCCGCCGCCCGCCGCCCCCUCCGCCUCGCCUGCCCCACUGUCUUUAAGGAGAACAGAGACCAUCGCCUGGAGAGAGAAAGGAGGAAAAAAAGAAAUAAAAAUAUUUUUAUUUUCUAUAAAAGGAAAAAGGUAUAACAAAAUGUUUUAUUUUCAUUUUAGCAAAAAUUGUCUUAUAAUACUAGCUAACGGCAAAGACGUUUUUAUAGGGAAACUAUUUAUAUGUAACAUCCUGAUUUACAGCUUCGGAAAAAAAAAAGAAACAACAAAAAAAAGAGAUGGGCCAAUUUUUUGACUCUUUAAUAGAAACCUAUAUUGUGGUGCCUUUUGCUGUACGCUACUCUGGAGCUCCUGGAGAGAAGUCGGGUUGUGGGGUGGGGUGGGGGUGAGGGGAAUGUAGGAUCCCAAGCUGGCAGGGGUG